CAAAGAAUAAGCUCUUGUUUCAUCUCAAGUCUUUCCUGCUUCUAACUUUCUCUCUUAAAAGUAACUAAGAAUAAGAAAAAAGCCUAGAAAUUGCAAAAUAAAGCUGCCAUGGCCAAUCAGAUAUUAACAUAUCACCCGUAUUGCAUCAUUCAGUGCUCUGUUGAAUCCAAAAACUCCCAAUCCGAAAAGUCAGAGCUCAAACUUUUAGAGCUAAUUUUCCAGUUUCACUUUCAUAGAUUGUAAUGAAAAGUGGGUCGGACCGAUCGAUGCAUCGGUCGAGAGCUUGCCCGAUCCGUUCAAAUGCGACCUUAUAACGCCAUCUAUGUGGGUUUGUAUCUGAGUGUGGGUUCGUCGCAUUUCUGCUCCAAUUGCUGUUUUUGUUUCGACCAACGGAAAGUGUGGGUUUGUAUCUGAGUGUUUUUGUUCCGCUGCAUUAUGUAUUGCACUAUUGCAUAUGCUGAUUUAUCUCCGCUGUUCAAAUUGGGCUAAAUCUUCCAUAUCAGAUCACCUUUUAGGCAGGGGAAUUGUGCGAGAGAGACGAUGUGUGGAAUUUUCGCUUACCUGAAUUACAAUGUUAGCAAGGAGAGGGGCCACAUUCUUGAAGUUCUCUUCAAUGGCCUUAGGCGCUUGGAGUAUCGCGGCUACGAUUCUGCCGGAAUUUCCAUCGAUGCAGAUUCCACUUCUGCCUCUGCUCCUCUCGUCUUCCGGCAGGAGGGUAAUAUUGAAUCACUGGUCAAAUCCGUCUACCGUGAUGUGGCAGCUACAGAUCUAAAUUUGGGAGAAUCAUUUUCGGUUCACGCUGGAAUAGCGCAUACUCGUUGGGCAACACACGGGGAGCCAGCCUCUAAAAAUAGCCACCCUCAAUCCUCUGGUCCUGGAAAUGAUUUCUUGGUUGUUCACAAUGGUGUCAUCACCAACUAUGAGGCAUUGAAAGAGACUUUGAUCCGACAUGAUUUCACCUUUGAAUCGGAAACAGAUACAGAAGUGAUUCCUAAGCUUGCAAAGUAUGUAUUUGAUAAAGCCAAUGAAGAAGGUGAUGAAAGUGUGACAUUCAGUCAAGUUGUGCUUGAAGUAAUGAGACAUCUAGAAGGAGCUUAUGCCCUCAUAUUCAAAAGUCCGCAUUACCCUAAUGAAUUGGUCGCAUGCAAGCGUGGCAGCCCACUUCUUCUUGGUGCAAAAGACUUGGGAGAAGAGGCUGCCAGUGGAGCAUCAUUUAGUGAUCCUAAAGUUCUCUCAAACAAUGGGCAACCAAAAGAGUUAUUCUUUUCGAGUGAUGCCAAUGCUCUAGUUGAACACACGAAGAAGGUCUUGGUAAUUGAGGAUGAUGAAGUCAUUCAUAUCAAGGAUGGAGGUGCUUCAAUCUACAAGUUUGACGGGACAAAAAAACAUGGUAAUACUCUAGCUCGAUCUGGCUCUGUUCAACGUGCCUUGUCCAUUCUUCAGAUGGAAGUGGAGCAAGUAAAUAAAGGAAAAUAUGAGCAUUAUAUGCAAAAAGAAAUUCAUGAGCAGCCAGAUUCUUUGACAACCACAAUGAGAGGGAGGCUUAUACGGGGAGGAUCAAGUAAAGCCAGAUCUGUACUGUUAGGGGGCUUGAAGGAUCACCUUAGAACGAUAAGGAGAAGCAGAAGGAUUGUUUUCAUUGGUUGUGGCACGAGUUAUAAUGCAGCUUUAGCUGCAAGGUCGAUUGUAGAAGAACUUUCUGGCAUUCCCGUCACAAUGGAGAUUGCAAGCGAUCUGGUUGACAGGCAAGGGCCGAUAUACAGGGAAGAUACUGCUGUCUUUGUUAGUCAGUCUGGAGAAACUUCUGAUACUUUGCAAGCACUAGACUAUGCCCUCGGAAAUGGUGCAUUAUGUGUUGGUAUUACAAAUACUGUUAGUAGUGCAAUUGCCAGGAAAACUCACUGUGGUGUGCAUAUAAAUGCUGGCUGUGAGAUCGGCGUGGCAAGUACUAAGGCAUACACUAGCCAAAUUGUAGUUAUGGCUAUGCUGGCACUUGCAAUAGGAGGUGACACACUUUCUAAUCAAGCAAGAAGAGAAGCAAUAAUUGACGGUCUAUUUGACUUGCCUGCAAAAGUAAAAGAGGUUCUGAAGCUUGAUGAGGAAAUGAGAGAUCUCGCUGAGCUGUUGAUAGCGGAGCAAUCACUGCUUGUUUUUGGACGAGGCUACAACUAUGCAACAGCACUUGAAGGUGCAUUGAAGGUCAAGGAAGUGUCUCUUAUGCAUAGUGAAGGAAUCCUUGCUGGUGAAAUGAAGCAUGGUCCCUUAGCUUUGGUUGAUGAAAAUCUCCCUAUUUUAGUUAUCGCCACUCAUGACAGUUGUUUCAGCAAACAACAAUCAGUGAUUCAGCAACUCCAUGCCCGGAAAGGUAGAUUAAUAGUGAUGUGUACAAAAGGAGAUGCAUCAUCUGUUCGUGUUAGCGGAUCAUGCCGUGUCAUUGAGGUUCCUCAAGUUGAGGACUGUUUGCAGCCAGUAAUUAACGUAGUCCCGCUGCAGCUAUUGGCAUAUCAUCUUACGGUUCUUCGCGGAUACAAUGUUGACCAACCUCGGAAUCUCGCCAAGAGUGUUACUACUGAGUAAACAUUCCACUUGAAGAAAUAUACCAUUUUUGUCUCUGGUUCAAGAUGACAAGAUUGAGGGAAACCUUUGCAUUUUUACGGCUGUACAUUGGGGGUUUAUAAAGCUCUUACCUUAAAUUGGUUAUUCAGUACAAUAUUUUGCCCGUUGGGGACAUUUAUUAUUUGGUUUACCAACCAUAAUUUUUUAACCAAUUGCUAAUUUAUUUUCUUGUAAUAGCCGGUGGAUUGGUUGAUUAUUUAAAAAAGUAGAGUAAAAGCUUGUUUUUUUGUCUCUGCUGAUCAUUGUCAUUGAAAUUUUACCUCAUUUAGUUUAUUAUUUAAAACGUAUUCAUUCAUUUCAUGAUUCUAUUCGUUGUGCAAACUCAAUAAAAUUAGCUCAUUGUGACACUUAUUGCUGUACUGCCUGUAC